AUGUCUUCGUACUACGAACCGCAGGGCUGGCAGGCUCCCGCCGCGCGCUCCGUCUCUUGGGAACAGCCUCAGCCGCCAUCUCGGUCAGGCUCAAGUUCAGUUUCCCAGCGCGAGGAUAGCCCGGCCUUUUCUUCCCAGUUUGACGAGGUCGAGCGUGCGAUCGACAAUCUCGUCAAGAGCGGGAAGCUGUGGAAUGCUCCUCGCCGGGACUCGAUGCCCAUGAUGAUGGGUCGUCCCUAUCCCGAUUACGACCCUCGCAUGGGAGGCAGUCCCGGUCCCCAGCGACACCACUCGGUUAGCGAAUUCGAAGGCUCACGGAUGCACCCCGCCGGCAAUGCGCAGGGUUUCUACGCCUCGCAGCGGUACCAGGGUCGUCCGAAUGAAGUAGAACAGAUGAUGCAGGCGAAGCGUCGGAUGGCAGCUCAGCGCGAACGGGAGCUCCGCAACUAUCAUCAGGAGCAGCAGUACAACCGAAGCCUCCUCGCCGAGAUGUCUGCAAACAAAUCCGAUCGCUCUACCAGCCCAGCCGCCGCGUCCGCGUCCGCCUCCGUGCCCGUGAACGUGAACGAAGAAAGUCGACGAGACCUCCUAGCCCGCCAACACAGAGCCCUCUACGGAAACGAGAGUCCCGCAUUCUUCCCCCCAGGCGCUCUAUCCGAUGAAAGCCCUCGCCCAGAGAGCCAACCCACCGGAACCCCCUCAAGUGGUGUUCGCGGUUCUUCCCCUCGCGGCGUGGACCCAUUCGGUCUCCAAACUCCAACUUCCACUGAUGGCCCAUCAGCCCUACAGUCCCCUUCCCGCGCAAAUAGCACCUCCUCACCUAACUCUGCCAUAAAUGCCGCUUUCCCCGAACAGCCCGUCACUUCUGCCUCAUCGCCAGGCGGUCCUAGUGCCAGCUCGCCUUCUGCCCGCCAAGCCCCUCCUAAACAGAGUGGUGGGCCCAUUGGCCCUGUUGGUCCCAUCGGUUCUAGACCCGUACAACCGCAGACUUCUGUUCCAGCCUCCAAUUCAGCGUUGAAACAGCGUGCAACGACCCCGCUACCUUCUCCUUUAGGUUUCGGGUUUACUCCCGGCGAGGCAGCUGCUAAUGCUGCUAAUGAGCGCUCUGCAUCGUCUGCUUCCAAUCCAACCGUUGCCGUUCCAACUAGUGCAUCUGGCUCCAAGGACUCAGCAGCCGGUGGAGUGGGUUUAGGCUGGUCCAACGGUAGUGGUGUCUGGGGCUCAAAGAGUGGACUGGGUGUUCAAGCUUCCGUGUGGGGAUAA